GCAAAGAAGAGUCAAAAUAGGAAAUAAAAAAGGGAUAGUAGUUGGGACUCGGGAGUAUUUCACCUAUAAAAGUAACAUAGGGUGAAACGAGAGACAUGUGAAAAUUCAUUUUUAUAAAUCUAUAAAUCUAUAAAUAUUAAUCAAUUAUAAACAUUAUUUACAUUUGCAAAAAUAAAAAAAAAAAAAAGGAAAUUUUAAUAGAGAAAAUGGAUUUAGAAAAGCAGAAAAUAGAAUUAACAGAAGAAGAAAAAAAGAAUAUUAAUGAUUGGUUACCAGUAACAGCAGAUAGGAAUGCAAAAUGGUGGUAUGCUGCUAUUCAUAAUGUUACUUGUAUGGUUGGUGCUGGUAUUCUUGGUCUCCCUUAUGCCAUGUCUCAACUUGGAUGGCAAUUGAUUUCAAGUGGUGGAUCAUCUCAUGUUCCCCUGGGUUGUGGACAUUGGGUCCCGGAGCGACGAUCCUAGUACUAUCAUGGGUAGUAACACUGUUCACACUAUGGCAAAUGGUAGAAAUGCACGAAAUAGUACCAGGAAGAAGAUUCGACAGGUACCAUGAGUUAGGACAGUAUGCUUUUGGUGAGAAACUUGGUAUAUGGCUGGUGGUCCCACAACAACUGAUAGUUCAAGCAGGAUGUGAUAUUGUGUACAUGGUUACAGGAGGAACUUGUAUGUGGCAAUUUUAUAGCAUCGUUUGCAAGAAUUGUAAACCAAUUAAACGGUCUUACUUCAUUAUGUUGUUUGCUGCUACUCAGUUCUUCAUCUCUAAUCUUCCUAAUUUUAACUCCAUCACUACUCUUUCUUUUGCUGCUGCUGUUAUGUCUCUUAGUUAUUCUGCCAUUGCUUGGAUAGCUUCAGCAAUGAGAGGAGUACAACCACAUACAAGCUAUGGUAGUAGAUACGAGACUAAUGUAGGAAAUAUGUUCGGGUUUUUGAGUGGGUUAGGAACAGUGGCAUUUGCCUUUUCUGGUCACAAUGUGGUGUUGGAAAUUCAAGCCACAAUUGCUUCAUCACCCGACAAACCUUCAAAAAAGCCAAUGUGGAAAGGAUCUCUGCUUGCCUACAUAAUUGUUGCAUUGUGUUAUUUUCCAGUUGCUUUUGUGGGUUACCUUGUGUUUGGUGAUACGGUUAAGGAUAACAUUGUGACUUCUCUUGAGAAACCUGCUUGGCUCAUUGCUGCUGCCAAUUUGUUUGUGGUCAUUCAUGUCAUGGGAAGUUACCAGGUAUUUGCCAUGCCUGUGUUUGACAUGCUCGAAUCCUUCCUUGUGCUGAGAUUGAAUUGCAAACCUAGUAGGCUCCUUCGCCUUACCACCCGUUCAACAUAUGUUGCGGUUACAAUGUUCUUGGGCAUAGCAUUUCCAUUCUUUGGUUCACUUCUAAGUGUGUUGGGAGGAAUUGCAUUUGCACCCACUUCUUAUUAUUUGCCUUGCAUAAUUUGGCUAUUGAUAUGCAAGCCAAAGAGAUACAGUUUAUCCUGGUUUGUUAACUGGUUUUGCAUAAUAUUUGGUGCAUCAUUGACGAUAUUAGCCCCAAUUGGAGCAGUGAGGGAGAUCAUAGUUCAGUCCAGCACCUACAAGUUCUUUUCUUAAUUAAUGGAUCAUUUAUGGGUUGUUUUAUUGGGUGAUCAAUUAAUUAAGAAAAUUAUUAUUAGCUUAUUUUCAGUUUUACUUGACUCCAUAGAACAAGGAUCAUGAACUAAUUACGGUCCUCAUUCUUUUUCUCGAGGAUCAUCUUGCAAUUAUUAUAAUUUUCUUUUGCACUAAUAUUCAAACUUAUGUUAGUUGCAUGUACUUUUACUCAUUAUAGUUAAAGAUUAUGGAUAAUUA